CCAGUUGGACUGUCACAAGAUUGGAAAGGUGACACUCCACGAGAGGUGACAGCGCAGGAAGGUUCGUGUGUACAGAUUCCAUGUCACUACAGUUACCCAUCACAUUUGUUAGAGAAAACACGUGUCGGAAUCUGGAAUUUGAGAAGGGACAAAUGGAGUAGAACAUCUAUAGCCUUUCACUCCAAGGAUCACAGUCACGAGUUACCACGGUUCCACCAUCGGACCCGGCUGUCUGGAGACCUGAAAGAUGGCGACUGUUCCCUGAUUAUAAACAACAUCAGAUCGGAAGAUGCAGGAUAUUAUUAUUUCAGAAUAGAAUUUGACAGCAGUAAUAGUUACAGCUACUAUCCUGUAACCCAGCUUCACGUUUCUGUUGGACAGUCACAAGAGUGGAAAGGUGACACUCCACGAGAGGUGACAGCGCAGGAAGGCUCGUGUGUACAGAUUCCAUGUCAUUACAGUUAUCCAUCGUGUCUGGAAAACCAACCACGAGGUGGAGUCUGGUUUAAUAAUGAGGAACGAGGAACAUCGUCUAUUGCCUUUCACUCCAAGGAUCACAGUCACGAGUUACCACGGUUCCACCAUCGGACCCGGCUGUCUGGAGACCUGAAAGAUGGCGACUGUUCCCUGAUUAUAAACAACAUCAGACGGGAAGAUGCAGGACCUUAUUAUUUCAGAAUAGAAUUUGACAGCAGUAAUAGUUACAGCUACUAUCCUGUAACCCAGCUUCACGUUUCUGAUUUCACAGAUAAACCCACGAUAUUCCCUGCUGAAAUUAUUGCAGGAAAGCCUGUGGAUGUAAGCUGCACCUUCAACACAACGUGCAAUGGAACAGCAGCACCUGUCUUAACCUGGGACACUCCCACUGACGUACCUGGAUCAGUCUCAAACACUGUAACUCAGCAUGGUGUCACUCUGACCUAUACUUCUGUUCUGACCCUGAUCCCAUCACUCAAACACCGCGGACACACUCUCAGCUGCAGAGUGAGAUAUCCAUCUGUUUCAUCGGAGCGGACCCUCGUACUAACUGUGCAAGGUAGAGACUCCAGUAAAUGGACAGUAGGAUUGCUCACGGCUGGGAUCAUGUUGAGUGUUUUCCUGGCUGGAAUCUUCAUCUUCAUCUGUGUGAGAAGGAGAAAGACAGCGCUGGAGGAGAGGGUUUCAGGGACCAGUGACAUUGCAUUGACCCCCAGUUCACUCUCUGUGAAGCACCAGGGUAAACAGAACGUGCUGAUUACUGAGCCCCGGAACACAACCAGAGACACAACUAGUGAGGAGGAGACCCCAGCUCCCCGGGGUCUCUCAGAUGGUGCAGUGCGAGGCGAUGCUGGACAUUGGCACACCGACAAUCCCGACGCUCUUCUCUACGCCAGUCCCCAAGUUUUGAGGGUGUCCAGUGGUGAUGGGUCUGUCCACAGGGAAGAGGAGACGGAAUACGCACAGAUCAGGAGAAAGAAAGCGACGCAGGAGAGAGUUUCAGGGACCAGAGACAUUGCAUUGACCCCCAGUCCACUCUCUGUGAAGCACCAGGGUAAACAGAACGUGCAGAUUACUGAGCCCCGAAACACAACCAGAGACACAACUAGAGACGGGGAGAACCCAGCUCCCCGGGAUCUCUCUGAAGGUGCAGUUGGAGGCGAUGCUGGACAUGGGAACCCCGACAAUCCUGACGACUUUCUCUACGCCAAUCCCCAAGUCUUCAGGGUGCCCAGUGGUGAUGGGACUGUCCACAGGGAAGAGGAGACAGAAUACGCACAGAUCAGAUUCAAGCAAAACUGAGUGUGAAACGGGAAGAGGGGGUGAGGAGGUUUGUGGGUGGGGGCAGGGAUUAUGAUUCCUUGGAACAUGAGACAACCCACUGGGGGACAGGGGGAGAGAGGGAGGAAGGGACUGAAUGGGUCUGUGGUUGGUGUGGUUUGGAAUGAAAUGUUUCCCCAGAGACAACUUGAUGCUGAGUCAUUGGGGACAGAGAUUCAGUGUCUCUCUCUCUCUCUCACUGUCUCUCUAUCUCUCUCUCCUUCUCUGUUUCUCUCUCUCUGUC